GAGAAUACUUCUGUAAUGCCAAAUGCCGGUCCUCUGCAGGUCAUUAGUUUCCCAUCACUUCAGUUGCACUUGAGUGGAACAGCAAUGAGAGCCAGUCAGGAGGACUUUGAAAGUGCAAUGAAUCAGGUAAAACUGUUGAAGAAGGAUCCAGGAAAUGAAGUGAAGCUAAGACUCUAUGCACUAUAUAAGCAGGCCACUGAAGGACCUUGCAAUAUGCCCAAACCAGGUGUGUUUGACUUUAUUAAUAAGGCCAAAUGGGAUGCAUGGAAUGCUCUAGGCAGUCUGCCCAAGGAAACUGCCAGGCAGAACUAUGUAGAUUUGGUAUCCAGUUUGACUUCUUCUGAGUCCUCCAGCCAAGUGAAGCCUGGAGCAGACAGGGAACAACAGGAAUAUGAAAACCUAGUGGUGACCUCUGAAGACGGCAUCACAAAGAUCAUGUUCAACCGGCCCACCAGAAAGAAUGCAAUCAGCACCCAGAUGUAUCAAGAAAUCAUGCUUGCACUUAAAGCUGCAAGCAAGGAUGACUCGACCAUAACUGUUGUAACAGGAAAUGGUGACUAUUACUGUAGUGGGAAUGAUCUGGCUAACUUCACUGAUAUUCCUCCCGGUGGAGUAGAAGAGAAAGCCAAACAAAGUGCUAUUAUGCUGAGGGAUUUUGUAGGCACUUUUAUAGAUUUUCCUAAGCCUCUGAUUGCAGUGGUAAACGGUCCAGCUGUGGGGAUCUCCGUCACCAUCCUCGGGCUAUUCGAUGCUGUGUAUGCCUCUGACAGGGCAACAUUUCAUACUCCUUUUAGUCAUCUAGGCCUAAGUCCAGAAGGAUGCGCCUCUUACACUUUUCCGAAGAUAAUGGGCCCAGCCAAGGCAACGGAGAUGCUUAUUUUUGGAAAGAAGUUAACAGCAGGAGAAGCAUGUGCUCAAGGACUUGUUACUGAAGUUUUUCCUGACAGUACUUUUCAGAAAGAAGUUUGGACUCGGCUGAAAGCAUAUUCAAAGCUCCCCCCAAAUUCCAUGAGAAUUUCUAAACAGGUCAUCAGGAAUAUGGAGAAAGAAAAGCUACAUGCUGUUAAUGCUGAAGAAAGUAGUGUCCUCCAGGAAAGAUGGCUAUCAGACGAAUGCAUAAAUGCAACCAUGAACUUCUUAUCCAAAAAAGCAAAACUGUGAUGACUAAUAUAGCAAAGUUAAGCAUUUCAAAGGAGGGGAUGUGCUAUGAUUUCUAAUUUCCAGUACUUCAACUAAAUAAACUUCACUGUGCCUUUUUUUCAGUGAUGAAAUAUUUAUGAUUAUUAUAUUCACUAGAGCCCUGAUAAAAAAUUAUAUAAAACAA